UCUAAGAAUCGUUGGUUUUUAGUAACACAUACUCCUCCUCUAAAGUAAUUCAACUAAAUAAUCAAAUACUUGAAGAUGAGUCGUCGAACAGCGUCGUGGCAGCCCAACGUCCCAGAUUUUGAUGAGGUCGCGGCUCGCGUAGAUGCUCUCACACGAAACUGAUCUUUCUUCUUCAGUUACCAUUCGUGUCUGUGUAUCUGAAUGAUUUCUUUGUAAACCGAAAGUGAUGAUUCAAAAAAAGCUUAGUUUUAUUUUAUUUAAAAAAAAAAAAAGAAGUUAAAAAUACCCCCAGCGAUCCCUAGAUCUGCACGAAGAACCCUAACAAUUGACGAAUUCAACUAGUUUUUUUCUCGAGCAUAAGAUCGAUGGAGGAUUCAGAGAUUGAUCAUGUGAUGAGCGAGAUUCAUCUGGGUUGCCCACCCGCCACUAUCGGACCCUUUCUUUCCCACUUCACCUUCUCUUCUUAUCCACUACUCGAUUCCUCCAAUGAUCAGUCGAUGACUAUUAGUGUUGAUAAAGAUGGUGACCUUCUUCUUCCUAGGCGGCGGCGAAGAACCAGCCCAACCUCUCACUCUCAUGGGUCGUUUACUGUCACCAUUCAGCAUUCUAUCACAUCAACUCUCCCUGAUGUUGGUCUGCAGGUCUGGAAAUCAGAACUCGUCUUAUCAGAUUUUGUAUUGCAUAACAUGUCUCUACUCAAUGGCCUUGUGUGCCUUGAACUCGGUGCUGGAACAGGGCUGCUCGGUAUAUUGCUUGCACGGGUGGCCAAGGCUGUUUUCCUUACUGACCACGGAGACCAAAUUCUUGGCAACUGUCUUCGGAACAUGGAAUUGAAUUCUUCCCUCUUUCACCCUCAAGCUAUUGUAAAUGUUCGUGACCUCAACUGGAUGAGCGAAUGGCCUGUUGAAGUUACCCAUGCUGAUCCAAAACCGUUUUGUUGGAGCUUGCAGGACUUUGAACAAGUCAAAAGUGCUAGCUUCAUUUUUGCAGCAGAUGUGAUCUACAGCGAUGAUCUAACCAUCGCCUUGUUCAGCAUGUUAAAGAGAGUCAUGUCCUUGGGUUGUGACAAGGUACUAUAUCUGGGUUUGGAGAAAAGAUACAACUUCAGCCUAGACGAUCUCAACGUUGUUGCCAAUGGCUACGCAUGCUUCAGAAGAUAUAUCAAAGAAGACGCCCUUUGCGACCAUUCUGACAAGAAGAGUAGUUUUGUGGGCAAGCGCAUUGACCUCAAACAAAUCCCUCAGUACACCAAGGGCUACGAGAGAGGAGAAGAUGUCGAGCUUUGGGAGAUCAGAUAUGUACGUUAACACUCUAAUGAAGGAAGGAUCCAUCAUUUCAUUUGCUUGUAACAACAACAGUUCAGAAAGAGGUAGCAAAAUGGCAUUACAU